GUAUAAUGCAGGAUUGGCUUCGCUGUAUUGAAGCUGGAAACACAGGCGAAGCAUCUCUUACAGCAGGUGUCACAGCGUCUUAAUAUGACUUAAGUGUCGUUUAUGACUGCUGAAGACGAUCCCUAUGCUUAUCUGAAGCACAGAUGUCUGAAGAAGGGACCUGUGACUCUCGAAAGCUUACCCCCUGAAAAUCUUGUAGGUCUCUAAGGUGCCACUGGACCCAAAGCCUGCUGUUCUACUGCAGACCAUCACAGCUAAAACUGUGCUUAUCUUCUACAUGAAUAUUACCUUUUAAAUAUUAAUAUGUAUCCAUCUGGCCAUUGGUUGGUACCCUGCUGUGGAUGGCCCAGGUUAGCCGGAUCGCAUCGGAUCUUGGAAGCCAAGUAGGGUCAGCCCUGUAUUUAAGAUGACUACUGCAGCCAGACCAACAUUUGAACCGGCAAGAGGAGGGAGAGGAAAAGGAGAAGGCGACUUAAGCCAGCUCUCCAAACAAUAUUCCAGCAGAGAUCUUCCUUCUCAUACUAAGAUCAAAUACAGACAAGCCACUCAGGAUGCCCCUGAGGAGGUGCGCAACCGUGACUUCAGGAGGGAGCUGGAGGAGAGGGAGCGAGUCACUGCGAGGGAGAAGAACAGAGACAGGCCGGCACGAGAACACACAACUUCUUCCUCGGUGUCUAAGAAACCACGAUUAGAUCAGAUUCCAGCCGCUAAUCUAGAUGCUGAUGAUCCAUUAACAGAUGAGGAAGAUGAGGAUGAGGACUAUGAAGAAGAGAGCGAUGAUGAUACAGCAGCUCUGUUAGCGGAGCUCGAAAAAAUUAAAAAGGAGCGGGCUGAAGAACAGGCCAGAAAGGAGCAAGAGCAGAAAGCUGAAGAGGAGAGGAUACGGAUGGAAAACAUCCUGAGUGGCAACCCAUUGCUGAAUCUUACUGGUCCAGUCCAGCCGCAGGCCAACUUCAAAGUGAAGAGGAGGUGGGACGAUGAUGUUGUUUUCAAGAAUUGUGCAAAGGGUGUCGAUGAGAUGAAAAAAGACAAAAGAUUUGUCAAUGAUACGCUGCGGUCAGAAUUUCACAAAAAGUUUAUGGAAAAAUAUAUCAAGUAGUAUAAGUUUUGUUUUUGUUUUAAGCAUCCCAUGUUUGUUGAUAGGGUGAACAGAGUAAGUGUCUUCUCACCUGAAAAAUCUCAUAAUUUAAAGAGAACCUGCAACAUAGAUUGGCUCUCCCCAAGGUCACAUCCAACAUUUUAACUUAACCCAACAUCUGGAAUAUCGGUUGGCUUUAUUUUGUUCCAGCUAGGCUGGCUUACUUCCCAGAAAUGUUUGUUCGUUGAUACGAAUUUACUUUUAAAAGUCUUUCUGUAAAUGCUUUGAAAAUGGUUUGCAAUAAAUCCUUUGUCUGAA